GGAACAACUGUAUGCCAUGAAAGUUUUGUCUAAAACAGAAAUGAUCAAGCGAAACAAGAUCAAACGGGUGUUGGCAGAACAAACGAUCCUCUCUACUGCUAAUCAUCCGUUCAUUGUGCCUUUAUACCAUGCCUUUCAAAGCGACCAUUACAUUUAUUUUUGCAUGGAAUUCUGUGUCGGUGGUGAAUUCUUUAGAGCUUUGCAACACAGACCUGGAAAAGUGUUGUUGGAGAAGGAAGCCAAAUUCUAUGCAGCAGAAGUUGUGGCCGCCUUGGAAUACCUUCAUCUCAUGGGCAUUGUAUUCAGAGAUUUAAAGCCUGAAAAUCUACUGUUACAUGCAUCGGGUCAUUUGAUGCUGUCUGAUUUUGACUUGUCGAUACAGUCACCCUCGGCAGCGCCACCAAGAUUCGUGCAAAACAGUUACCUAUUUUCGAAACCCCUGGUGGAUACAAGAUCUUGUUCCAAUUUAAGAACAAAUUCCUUUGUAGGCACCGAAGAGUAUUUGGCGCCUGAAAUCAUCCAAGGCAACGGUCACACAAGUACGGUCGAUUGGUGGACACUUGGCAUUUUGGUGUACGAAAUGAUCUGCGGCUAUACCCCCUUCAAAGGUGCAACGCGAGACGACACUUUUGAACAGAUAUUACACGAUCCUGUGGAUUUCCCAGACUACUCACACAGCCCGUGUUACCGCGGACCCAGCCUAUCGAGUGCCUGUAAAUCACUGAUACGAAAACUGUUGAUCAAAGAUGAAAAGAAAAGAUUAGGAGCACGCGCAGGCGCGAGUGAAGUCAAAUCACAUCCCUUUUUCAAUUCCAUCAACUUUGCGUUAUUGAGAAAUAUGAAGCCACCCAUCCAACCCAACACGCAUCAUCCUCUACGUGCUGUGCAUUUUCAUUCGUUAAAGGAAAGCGUCAGUUUUGAUUUGUCGGCUGAUCCUACCACGGUGAAAAAGAAGGUAGCUAAAGGAGAAGAAGAAACAGAAGCAGGAGCCCUUCUCUUCGAGGAUCAAGACCCGUUUAUUUCAUUCCAUUCAGUGACCAUCCAUCGAUAACAAUCCUUCCAUUUGUCAAUUCAACGCAACGCCGACAUGCAUGGGGCAUUCACUUGACUCCACCGGCUCCCCGUUUUCCAAAAGCGCGGUUUUUUUUACGAAAAAUAGUGUAGUAGAUGGGGUUGUCUCCAACCAGUCUAAAGCUUGUUGGUUUUUUUUUUUUUUUUUUUUUUUUUUUUUUU